GUGCUGUUGUUCCUGGUUUGGAAACGAAAUGGCUGCUGAUGCUGCAAGCGCCGAUGCUCUUAUCAUUUAAAUCGAAUACUGCUAGAAGCUGAAUUUGUAUAUUUAAAUAUAUAUGCACAGGUUGCAUAGGGAUUUAUUCAUUUAAUAUUUUUUAAGUAUCACAUCGCCCUAUGGCUGAGCCCGAGCUACUUCUGGACUCCAACAUUCGUCUCUGGGUCGUCCUGCCCAUCGUCUUCAUCACCUUCUUAGUGGGAGUGAUCCGACACUAUGUGUCCAUUUUGCUACAGAGCGACAAGAAGCUCACCCUGGAGCAGGUGUCAGACAGUCAGGUUUUAAUAAGAAGUCGAAUUCUGAGAGAAAAUGGAAAAUACAUCCCUAAACAGUCCUUCCUGAUGAGGAAGUUUUUCUUUAAUAACCAGGAUGAUGGAUUUUUUAAGAAAACAAAGAGAAAGGUGGUCCCUCCUUCUCCCAUGACAGAUCCCAGCAUGCUGACGGACAUGAUAAAGGGGAACGUGACCAACGUUCUUCCCAUGCUUCUUAUCGGAGGCUGGAUCAACUGGACCUUCUCUGGAUUUGUUACCACCAAGGUGCCUUUCCCACUCACCCUCCGGUUCAAGCCGAUGCUGCAGCAGGGGAUUGAGCUGCUGACGCUGGAUGCCUCCUGGGUGAGCUCGGCCUCCUGGUAUUUCCUGAAUGUGUUUGGCCUUCGCAGCAUGUACUCCCUCAUGCUGGGACAAGACAACGGCGCGGACCAGUCCCGGGUUAUGCAGGAACAGAUGAGUGGAGCUGCGAUGGCCAUGCCUGCAGAUACCAACAAGGCCUUUAAGGCAGAGUGGGAGGCACUGGAGCUGACUGACCACCAGUGGGCGCUGGAGGGUUUGGAGGAAGAGCUGAUGAGCAAAGAUCUGGAUCUAGACAGCAUGUUCAGCAGUGAACUGCCCACCGGCAUGUUCUGAAUGUGAUUGGCUCUGUUGGGCCUAUGAUGACAGCUGUCUUAGCAAGACCAUUUUAAUGGCAAAAAUUGAGUGGAGCAGUGGAAAGUUUUGAAGGAUAUUUCAGAGGUUCUUUUUUUUUGUUUGUUUUGUUUUUUUUCUUCCAAUUUUGUAUUUGUUUGUUUUUUGCCCUUUCUUUCUUUUUCUUAUCAACUUUAUCUCCUUUCAAACCAUCUCUCUCUCUCCCUCUCUUUCUAACCCUCUCUUAACUGACCUGUAUCAUAAGUACUGAGGUGAAGCAGAUUACUGUUUUGGCUAAUGCUUUCAUUGGUGUUAUCAGCCAAAUAUUAACAUAACACGAAUGUACUUUUGUCUAUUUGAUUUAACUUUCUUAUAGUUUUUCCUCCCUCUUCCCCCCACCUUCUCGCCCCAUGUAAAGUUUAAAAGCUGUUAAUUAGAACUCUCUGCCUCUUUAAAAUGUAUGUAGAACUGCGUUAGGGUUUACUUUUUACUUUUUUGUGAUUAUUUCUUGCAUAAAGCAUUUUUUCAACAUUUCCAUCUGUUUUGUAAAGAGACUUGGUUUGGAUUUUUUUUUUAGCUGUAUUUAUUUUUUUUAUUUGCACACAUCACACUGCUUUACGCUUCCAAAAAUGAACACACCUAUCCGUGCUCUGUCUUCUAAUACUGUGACUUUCAGAUAAGAGGGUAGCUCACUUUCCAUAACUUCUUCUAAGGCAAUUAUUUGACAAAGCAUUAUGUCUACUACUAUGUAUCCUGCCUGCCUUAUAUGGACAUGGAAAUGUGAUGACCAAGUCAGCCCUUAUAGAGUAGCACUAUAAAUUCGUAUUAACAGUUUGUUUCCUGCUUUGUCACUUUGUGUUUCUCUUUUUAUUUAGUAAAGGGAAAAAAACACCUUGGCAUCUUUUGUGCAGACGUGGAGAAUCAUAAAUAUGUUGCUCAGGGUUGUGAAGUUGAGAAUAGUAAAUAACAAUGGACAAUUGUGUAAUAAACCCCAGUGCUAUGGACCCCAUCUUUAAGAUUGUUCUAAUUCAGUUAGCAUAGAUUAUUAUAACCAGGCUUGUAUAAAUCCAAUGCUAGUGUAAUGAGGACCAGUUAAUCAGCUCAAUCUCAAAAUUCAAGUGAAUCUAGUCGUUGUUGAGUGGAAGCUUAAUAGUCACUUCCUCCAUCAGCAAAUUCCCUCAGGCCUAAUUCCAAACCAGUUCACAUUGCAUUGAUAUUAGUCUGCUGCUGAUGAAAACUAAAAAGAUCAAUUUCAAAUUGUUUUCAGCUCAAUCCUUGUAGCUAAGGCAAACCAGGCAUUUUCUUUGUCCCUGUUUUCCUGUUUUUUUGUUGUUUUUUUCGUAACUUUGUGUUGCCUUAAAAUACCAUUUAGUGGUAAUCACAAAUAUAGUUCUGAUAUAAUGAAUAGGAGUUAAACCUUGGAAUACCUGGAGAGGAUAAAUUUUACACUGUACAGAGUUAAUUCAAUCUAUGGUACUAAAUAUAUUGUUUUACAGUCUGCUGAGGGGGAAGUGGUCACAUUUUGGUAAUUAGUGGUAAACAUUUUGAAACACAAUAGCUUACAAACACUUAUAGAUUAGAAGAUGAACUUCCUUCCAAAUUACUUCUUUCCUCAAAAGAAAUUCUAAGGUUUUUUUUU